CAGUUUUUAACUUCAUAGAUCAGCUGCUGAGUGUUUCCAGCUGAAGGUGAGUCUCUGAGAGAUUCCACAGAUUCUGAGCUCCAAAACUCCUUCAUGACUUCAUCUGCUCACCAAGUUAAAGCAAACAGCUUCCAACAAGUUUAACAUCAGAACCAUGAGGACAUGGACCUGCUGAGACCAGGGUCCUCUGGUCCUGAACCACAUGAGGGAUCAGGUUUCUGUUUUAACAGUUCAGAGACUGACUGGACCUGAACCAUAUGGAGACUGACUGGACCUGGACCUCAUAGACCUAAUCCACAUGGACAAUGAGUCUGUUUUGCUCUCAGAGUGACUGAAGACCAGAAGAUGGAGGGUUGGAUGGAGGAAACGUCUCCAGGACCCAGCUGUCUGUCCAUGAAGAGUGACAUGUCCAAAGAAUAUCCUCCAAACUUCAGUCCUGAACCUGGACCCUCAGAGACAAA